AUGGUUAUAAACAUUAGAAGUGGAAUUAUGAGGCAGAGCAGUGUCUACCGCUACGGGAGCCACAAAUCAUAUGAUUAGAGAAAGAAAAAAAUCGGGAGAAUUUUCCACUCGCUUUCUCUGAUCCGUUAUCUCUACGAACUAUCUCCAGUAGCUGUAUUCGUGUUCUCAGUUACAGCAGUGGUGACGAAAUAGUCGACUCGACGUUCCCCAUGUGCGAUUGUGUGGUGACGAAGGGGUUGAAUGGUUUUGACCGAGCGUUAUGCAAAGUUCAUUUGUGGACAGCAGAGGCAGAGAUCUAGGCUUUAAGUCUUCCCUUCAGGAAUUAUCCGACAGUAAACCAAUGGUUUUGGGAAUGAGCGGCGAAAGUUAUCAAAGCAAUGGCCACGAUAGGGAUGGCUACGGACUCGGCUCGCGUGAGAGCUCCUCGGCUGUCGGAAUGGGCAAAAAAUCUCUUCCAGCGAACGGGAAAAAAAACCAAAGGACGGGUCAAAAUCAAGAUGGAAUUCAUCGAUAACAAAUUGCGACGAUACACGACUUUCAGCAAAAGAAAGACUGGAAUUAUGAAAAAGGCAUACGAACUCUCGACACUGACUGGCACGCAGGUCAUGCUGUUGGUGGCGAGCGAGACUGGGCACGUCUACACAUUUGCAACGAGAAAGCUUCAGCCCAUGAUCACGAGCGAAUCGGGCAAAGCUCUCAUCCAGACGUGUCUUAACUCGCCAGACCCACCACCAGGGCCUGGCACCUCUGGACUGGACCAAAGAAUGAGCGCCACGGGCUUCGAGGAGACGGAUCUCACCUACAGUGUUGCAGACGACUCUGACAAGAUGGUGGACAGUCCCGGCCAGCCCGUGUACUCUCCGGACGUGUCUCCUCCGUCCCUCGUCUCCUUCGCGCAGCCGCAGAGCAGUCAGCGGACGGCGAAGUCUUCCAGUUCCUCACAGCAGCCCUCCUCGGCCAGCGGAACCAACUCCCUGGCCAGCGCGGGAUUCACCACCAUCCUCACAGAUUCCACCGGAGGUGGCGUGAAGAGUUCAUCCACAGCCAGUGAUUCAUCCUCAUCUAGUCAUAACUCCAUAUCUGUCGUUCAGGGUUCUCCACAAAACCUUUCCGUUGUCUCAGGGAAUGUAGUCAUACCACAGACCAUUCUACAAGCCAACAACAGUGCCCUGUUAUAUCAUCCGGGGCAAGGUUUGGUUUAUGCUACGCCUGCCAACUUACCUGAAGGUGUUGUACUUAAUCUGGGCCAAGAGCAAGGUGGUCCUCAACAGCAGCAGCAGUACAUAACCAUACCUGUUUCUCUAUCAUUAACACCCGCACAACAGCAACAGUUACUUCAAGGAAAUCAACUUUCAACACCAAGUUCAUCUUUCAGCAGUUCUACGAGCAGGAGGGACAAAAGAAAAUAAUUGUUUUUUAUGUGACUUGUGUAGAUAAAUAUAUAAAGUGCCUUCAGAAUCU